CAAAGAAGCUGCGUAGCUCCCGUUGAGAAGGCUUACUUCAUGCCAUGUUUGACCUCAACAACUACAGCACUUCCACGAUUGGGCUUCCCACAAGUCUGGUGAUUUGUCCGGGGAAGCGUGAAGCCGCAAGUUGUGAGAUUGCAAACCAACUGCUUACCCUCUCCAUGGGAGCUUACUGUUACAUGCUGUGAAUGAAUCUGGUUGCUCCCUCCAUGAGAGCUUCUAGUUACGAGGAAAAAUGAACUCUCGCAAAAAGGGGAGUGAUCACAACCCACAAUUAAAAAAAGGGAGAGUGUUGAUGUGUUGAAGUAUGUUUCCCUUGUGAGGGGAGAGUAUUAAAGUAUGUUUCCUUGU